AUGGCAACCGCCAACUCCAUCACCAACACUUCGGCAGACGCUGGAAAGCCUACAGCGGACCUCGAAAGCAUCACGCUGGCCAUGGAAAAGAUGAUCAUGGGGGCCGAUAAGGUCGACAUACAGGACCUCGACGAUUACGACAUGCACCUAAUGUACCUCGACAAGGUCAAGGACGGCAUCGGAUCGACAGGAAAUCAACCCAAAAAUCCACUCCAAGAUCCCAACGAGAACAAUAUCUUCAUAUUCCCCCAUGACGGCCAUCUUGUGGCAGUUCCCGUCAAACUGGGCAGCAAUAUUGUAGAGACCCGUGUCAAAUUGCGCGACAUGUGCGAGUUCCCGCAAAACACCAACUUCCUCUUCGAAGACCCAGAAGUCGUGCGCCAGUUCUUCGAUCCGCCCGAGGAGGACCGCGCAGGCCUGGCAGCUGUCUACAAAGCCGCGGCCAAGCUCAUCCUGGUCCCAUUUUUCCGUCUCGAGUACCUGUUUACCCUGAAGCUGAGGCUGGCACCAUUUUCAGCCCGAGCUGCGGCUCUACCUCCCUCAUCCCGCCUCAACCUGAACUUUAGGACAAACACGCUCUUGCCCACUUUCAAGUUGAACUGUACCACAAUCUCAAAAAAGGGUGUUGACGUUGAUCUAGUCCGGAUUGUUGGCGAGGUGGCUAACGACCUCUUUGAGGACUGGCGGGCUGCUUGUCGGGCUCUCCCGCGGAAUCACGGAAUCAAGGAAGUUGCCAUUUCACUUGAGGGCGUUGAGAGAGCUAAGCAGGAUCUUGCUCCCAAUCUGUUGCAGUUCGUUAGCACUAUUUUCGCGCUGAAGGCCAAGGGCCCUUUCCACUGUUUUCUUCUGCCUCCGGCUAAAAGAUUGAAAGAGGAUUUUCAAGACUUUCUGGAGAGAACCUUGAUCUUCCCAGUCUCGCGAUUCGAAGUGAAGGACGAGGUCACGGGGAAUCGUCCGCUUGAGACUGCAAAUGCGUGGACCCGAAGGCCGGUCAAUGCCAAUCUUGAGGCUCAACGACGGGCCGGAUCUUCCAGGGUUCGCUAUUAG